UUCCUUUGUGUCCUCUCUGAACCCUUUAAUUCUUCGGUCUUCAUAGCUCUUUGCCGUCAUUAAUACCCGGCGUUAGUCUAGGUUAAGUUUCCACAGUUUUAAAAAUAACCGGACCGCUAAUGUAUUUUGAUGGCUCUGACUUUAGUUUGGUGUGUUAUAUCAAUACCAACGGACAAAAUUCGUCUCUCCGGCUGCUACUUCUUGGAUGGCUAGUUUGUAAACGUGACGUUAGCUAACUUUGCUAACGUAGGCGGAUGAAGUAAAUCGGUGUUAUAUGCAACUCUUAUUUCUACGGAUCGAGUUCGAUAAAGCGGUUUCUUUACAGUUUUCAAAGUGUCGUUUUAGAUAACGGCAAAUAGCGAGCAACGUGGGUGUAAAAGGUCUACGCUAAGAUUAAGCUCAGUGCUGUGUGAGUUGUCUCCCUCGCUUCAGAUAGCCAGCUGCCACCGCCUGCUCCCGGAAUUAUGGAUUUCGAUUAUAUAUUGUCCGUUGCUUCUCAAAACCAGGACGGCAAUAAUGUCCAGAAGCGAUACAGUUUACAAGCUGGACCACCAAAAAAAGACCCCAGGUCAAAGGGUGUGAAUCCUGCUGCUGUUCAGGCGCUCCUGAAAAAGCAACAAAAUGAGAGCAGACAGAAAGAAAUUAAAAAGAAGAAAGAGAAAGAAGAACUUCUAGCCAAGAGGGUUGAGUUAAAGUCGGAUCGAAAGGCACGUGCCAUGGCUUCCAGGACCAAGGACAAUUUCAGAGGCUACAAUGGCAUCCCAGUGGUAGAGGGUCCUAAAAAGAGGAAAACAAAGCUAGAAAUGCAGGAGGAAAGAUCAAUGAAUCAAGCAAGAGUUGGCUUUCGUGUACCUGACCCAGAAGAUGAUGAGGACAAUUAUGAGUAUGAACAGACAGACUCUGAGACAGAGCAGGAGCCAGAGCCACAGAGACCAGACAGAAACACUAGUAGUAGUAGUAAGCUCUUGAAAAAGUCUACUGGACCACCCAAGCCCCCUCCAACUCACUUAAACUUUGCAGAGUUACUUAAACUGGCAGAAAAGAAGCAGUUUGAGCCAGUCGAGUUAAAGCCUAAGGUAGUAAAAAAGGAGGAAAGGCUCCGCACUGCUGAAGAGAUAAGGGAAUUGGAAUUGGAGCGUAAGGCAAAAAGACUAGAUAAGGACAGAGACCCAAAGGUAGAGAGACAAAGGGACAGCAAGCCUCAAUCUAGCACUAGUUCCAGAAAAGGCACUUUAGAGAAGGAGCAGAGAAAUAGCAAAUUUCAGAAGAAUGUGUCAGAAAAGUCCAGCUUGGCCAGUGAUAUGGGGAAGAGGCCAAAUCCAUCAUUUAAAAAUGAUAAAGGACACUCAUCUUCUAAACCCUCUGUCAGUGACAGAGAGAGACCCAAAAUGUCUCAUGGUGACAGGGACAGACCCAAGACAAGCAUGUCUAGUUCUUCUAGUGCCAUAAACAAUAAAUUUUCUUCAAAAGCCACAUCUUCUCAAGUUUCAGGUAAACAGAUGGGGCCCAAGCCUUCAUCUAGCCACAAAUCAAACACCUCAAGUGACCUUACCAUGAGAAAAGAAAGUUCAUCACUUCAUGGAAGACCUGCCAGCAGUUCUAGUACCAGGCCAUCUGGUACACCAGGCCAAAAAUCACAACAGAGCAGGCCCAUCCAGGGUGCCUUGCAGAAGCAGGGGACAACAUUAGGACCUCAGAGGACUGGGAAGGGAGAACUACAGAGGCAGUCAAAUUCUGCCGUGAGACCUUCAUUGGGUGGUGCUGGUAAACCAAACCAACCUCAGGCACGGCCUACAGGCUCAUUUCAGGCAAAACCUGGUGGUGCUUCUCAGCCCAGGCCUGGUGGGAGUGGUCUGAAGGGUCACAUUGGAGGUACAGGAGCCCGACCUCCAGGAAUCGGACCAGGAAGACCUGGUACUGGAGGACAAGCACCUGGACGUGUGACUGGUAGUGUUGGAUCAGGGCCUGGAAGACCCAAGUGCACUGUGGUAUCAGAAACCAUCUCAUCUAAGAACGUUGGAGGAUCCAGACCCGGUGUCCCUCCUCGACCUGGCAUGCCACAGAGACCAGGGAUGCCCCCUAGACCAGGCAUGCCACAGAGACCAGGGAUGCCCCCUAGACCAGGAAUGCCACAGAGACCAGGGAUGCCCCCUAGACCAGGAAUGCCACAAAGGCCAAUGAACAGGCCACCAGGCCCAAUGUUGCCACCUAUCACAUCUGCAUACAAGAGGAAAUAUGAGGAGGAAGAAGAGUAUGACUCAGAAAUGGAUGAUUUUAUCGACGAUGGAGGUGAUGACCAAGAAGAAAUUUCCAGACACAUUAAGGAAAUCUUCGGUUAUGAUCGAAACAAAUACAAAGAGGAGAGUGACUAUGCCCUUAAAUUCAUGGAAAGCAGCUGGCGAGAUCUACAGAAAGAAGAGGCCAGGAGCUUGAGAUUGGCUGUGCAAGAGGAUCUAGAAGAGGAGAGAAGAGAGGAAGAGGAACUGAAACAGCAAAACGCCAAAAGAAAAAAGAGGAACUGAAGUCCAUUGUCUCCUGAGAGAUUAAACAGUGGAUUUGACAUCUUAACACUUGAAGCUCACUGACUGUGUUCUCUUUAACCUUUAGCGCUUAUUUUCUGCUUCUCUUCCUGUGCUGAAACAUACAUUUUUGUGGAAUCACACUGGACAUUGGCACAAGAGGAAAAUAAUUUUUAGUGAAAGACCAUCAGAAACAAAAUAUGCACAAAUCAUUCAAGCAUUAGGCUACUAGUAUGUAUUCAAAGUUGUCGCCUUUUUCCUAUUUAUUUUCCCUACUGAGUUCAGAGUUUAUUCUCAACAGUCUCAAUUUCUAAGAGGAUCUGAUCUGCAAAGAGACAUAGUAUGAAUAUGCAAGAGUGUGAUUUUUAAACUAACAAUGGCAUACAAUGUCACAUACUAACAUUCUAUUUUUGCGCUGGAUUUGUUGGAUAUUUUUCAAAUAAUUGUUGAUUGUAAAAUAAUUUGGAUUACACAAAAACAUUACCACUUGGUGUAUUGUGAUUAUACUUAAAAAAUUACAGAAGUGAUUGCUUAUUGAUUUUUAUUUAAUUGUCUAGUGUUAGAAUUUUAGAUUAUAUUUGCUUAUUGACUGGCAAAAUACUGGUUAUAUGCAUAGAAUCCAGGUUCUGCAGCUAAGUUUUACAGAGAAAAAAAUUUGAUACAUUGGUUCUCUACUUAAUUAUUUUAUUUAAAACUAUGUACAUUUGAUUUUUUUAUGAGUAAAUGUGGUGUUUGUGAUUCUUUUUGUUCGUUACCCCUACAGAUGGAUCUUAUUUCAUUGCAUGUAAUAGUUUCCAUUUUUAGGCACUUUUUCCCCAAAUGGCUUGCCGUACCUGUCAUUCCGUAGUGGGCGGGGCCUGUCACUAGCUAAACUUGAAAGUUUGCGGAAGUUUAAGCAAUUAAUAGAAAGUCAGGCUUCAAGACGAAACCGGUAGAAAGGCUCUAAGUAGAUUUUUGUAUUCUAAUAGAUGGACCUGAACUCGGAGAAGAUACAGCGGAUCCUUUCUAAGGUUAGUUAUUUACCAAAUGUUCAAGCAAUAAGCAAUUUCAACAAAAGUAAAGUUGUUAAUACCGGCUAGCAUAGGGGGCUAGUCUGUGUUAGCUGUUGUCAGUCUAAACUAACUGGCUGAACCUGCUCCAGAGUUAUGUAAUGGAACGUGAGUAACUCGUGAAUAUUUUUGAGACGUCGAAAAUUACAGUAAAUAUACAUAUAUAUAAAUCUUCCCCCAUUAAAUGACAGCAAGUCCAGUCUACCUCGAUAAACCAGUACAGAAUCAGUGCCUUGAGGUAAAUCUGUGCUUUCGAAGAGUCAGGAUGCUUGUUGAAGGAAAUCGGAUGAUAAUAGAGACUAUAUGUGUGUGUUUUGUGAUGUAGCACAUAAAGACGAAUGAUCUGUUGUAAUUUGAGAGUGUGAUUAAGCUGUCAGGCACUGUUUAUGUCUGUGUCCAAGUUAAAUAAAAAUCUGCUAUCGCACAC